ACUCAUAGUUGAUUUUGCAGCCGGUUCCAUCAUAUGGGCAGGUGCCUGCUGCUUAUCCUCAAUAGUGUACUCAAUAGUCAAGCAGACAGGCUACAAGAAGACAUGAUUGCCCGACUGUGCUGGUUUCUUGAUAUCAAGAAUUUCUUCAUGGAUUGUAUUGGACACUGUGCGUUGGUCUACAUCCUUGUCUGCGCAACAUACCUGGCAACUGUGACGCAACUGGAGCACCUACCCUACUCUAACACGGGAUCACAAUUCCUUUUCCCGGCAACUUCAUCGGCUGGCUCUGAUGCCAAAGAAGGUGCAAGAGACAUGUUAAUCAUAACGAAGUCGCUUUGCAGACUCGAUUCAGGAUUUGUGAUCUUCGCCCAAAACCAUGGAAACCCCACCAAAUGAGGUCGAGCCCGACGAAGCGCGGUAUCUGCCAGUAAAACCUCCACCUCGGGCUCCGAGACCUUCUCAUAAGGCGUUAGGUAUUUCCCUGCAAGAACGUCUGUCAGGGAUGCGCUUCAAGACGUAUCCCAUCGACGUCUUCUACUCCUCGCUAGGAAAGGCCCUCAUGACACAGAUGAGAGGCCGCAGAAAGGACCGCCGGCUAGUGCAGCAUGACAUUGCGCGCUGGGUUGAAAAAUUCAUCAGCAGUCCAAACCCACGUGUCACACGUUGGCCCAGCGUCGUUGCCAACCUCAGCCGCAACGUCGGCGACUUCCACAAGCUCCCUUUGUGCUUCGCUCACCCGCUUCUCACAGGAGAGACCAUUGUUGUCAACCCGGAUUUCGCGAAAGAUGACGAGGGUCGCUACCGCGUUGACGUUGUGAGAGAGUUUGAUAUGGCUGAGCGUCACUUCUGGGCAUCUGUCUUUGGAGCAUUGGGUAAAACUUGCAAGGCCGAGGCCACGGGAAACCUCAACCUCGUCCAGGACGCUUUUCGACUCAGCACCCUGCUCAAUUAUUUCCCUCUCGAUGCCUACGAUGAGCCACAGCCACCAUCGCGUCUUCUGGUCGAAAACCUACCAUUCUUUCUAAGCUAUCGCAUACCUCAAGCGCGUAGCCCGCAGGACGUUGCUUUUGACGAUGAGCUGGAGGAGAGGAUUGAAAAUUGGCUUUGCAAGCCCGCACCGGAUGGGGCCAUGAAGGAGUGGAAUACCCCUCGGAGACAGGCAAACCAGCUUCGCAGGACUCGAAAAGCCGCAAUAAAUGGGCCGACCAUGCCUCUCAAGGCUGUUAAGGUUGUUAAGCGAAAAAGGACACCGGAAUAUCACGAGUGACCAAAGGAAGAACACUUUUCAGAUUAUCGUUCGCCAAGGUGAUUGAGCGGAAACACGUUGCUUUAGCGGAAUUUUGUUUUCUACCGUUUUCUACUGAGAACGUCAGUAGCCCUCUUUUAACCGCCGGACCGGACCCGAAGUUGGCGGAAUUUCGGUUGA